UCUACAACUCAUUUUCAUCAUCACAACCUAUCACCAAACCUCUCUAUCUAUAUCUAUAUCUAUAUACUAGAGCUUAGUUAAGCACUUCUUCUAAUGGCUUCUUCUUUUCCUUCCAUGCUUGUAGUAAUACUAUCUCUUCUCCUUGUGUUCUUCUCUGGUAGUUCUCGUGCUCAACUAUCCACUACUUACUACUCCAAAACUUGUCCUAAUGUCCUUACUAAAGUGAAAUCUGCCGUUCAGUCUGCAAUAUCAAAAGAAAAGCGAGCUGGCGCUGCUCUCCUUCGCUUACAUUUCCAUGACUGCUUUGUCAAUGGAUGUGAUGGAUCAGUAUUACUUGACGACACUUCGAGUUUCACGGGUGAGAAAAACGCAGUCCCUAACAAGAAUUCCGCCAGAGGAUUUGAUGUGGUCGAUAAUAUUAAAACCGCAGUUGAGAAAGCUUGCCCUGGGGUUGUUUCUUGUGCUGAUAUCUUGGCCAUUGCAGCACGAGAUUCCGUAACCAUUCUUGGAGGUCGUAGUUGGAAUGUAAAACUUGGAAGAAGAGAUACAACAACUGCUAGCCAGUCUGCUGCUAAUAAUGCAAUUCCUCUACCAACUUCAAGCCUUAGUACUAUUAUCUCAGACUUCUCAAAAGUGGGCCUAUCCACUAAAGACAUGAUUGCUCUAUCUGGUGCACAUACGAUUGGGCAAGCAAGGUGUACAAAUUUCCGAGAAAGAAUAUAUAAUGAAACAAAUAUAGAUAGUUCAUUCGCAACAACAAGAAAAAAGAAUUGUCCAAACGCAUCAUCGGGAGACAAUAACCUUGCACCUUUAGAUGUUCAAACACCCAUCACUUUCGACAACAACUAUUUCAAAAAUCUUGUUAACAAGAAAGGUCUUCUUCACUCCGAUCAAGAAUUAUUCAAUGGUGGAUCUACCGAUUCGCAAGUACGUACUUAUAGCAACAACCCUAAUACAUUUAAAGCUGAUUUUGCCGCUGCCAUGAUUAAGAUGGGUGAUAUCAGUCCACUUACCGGUUCUAAUGGAGAGAUUAGAAAGAACUGCAGAAAAGCUAAUUAAAUGACUACUAGAUAUCUCUCAGUCAUUAACCAUUGGGUUUACACAAACUAUUUUGUUUUUUCCUUUCGAGCACCAAUAAUUGUGGGUUGUGUUGGUUAAUAUUGUGGUUUUUAUGAUUAAUUUUCCUCUUAAGAUGUAUGAGUGUUGUGAAAAGCUUGUGCUUGCACUCAAAUUACAGUCAUCUAUAUAAGUAUCAUACAAAAUAAAUUAUAUUUCUAAGUUUUUUCUUUAUCUCAA